AUGCCUACCCUCGCAGUCACGAAUUUCAAUGUUGUUUGCUCGGUGCUUGGCGGCUUCAUCACCGUGUUCGGUCUGGUAUCUUAUCUAUUCAAGGAGAAGUUCUAUCUUUCUGAAGCUUUGAUCUCCCUACUCGCUGGUGUUACCUUUUCCCCCCACGCGACCAACUUCGUAAAACCCCUCGAGUAUACCGGUUCCCAGGCAAACCUCAAUGCCGUCACCUUGUAUUUCAGCCGUCUCGUCCUCGGAGUGCAGUUGGUUCUAGCAGGCGUACAACUACCUAGUCGAUACCUAUGGAAACAACGAAAGGCCCUGUCCCUACUUCUGGGGCCUAUCAUGAUACUGAUGUGGGUGGCUAGCAGUCUUAUAAUAUGGGCAAUGGUCCCAAAUCUACCAUUUCUCCACGCACUGGCUGUUGGGGCUUGCGUUACACCCACGGAUCCUGUCCUAUCGAACAGUAUUGUCAAGGGAAAAUUUGCCGAUAAAAACAUACCGAAGGACCUACAGAAGAUCAUCAUUGCGGAAUCCGGAGCAAAUGAUGGAUUGGGAUAUCCAUUUUUAUAUCUGGCCCUGUGGCUGAUUAAGUUUAAUGGCGACGGCGGGUACGGUGAGCAUGGAGGAACUAGGGCAGCAAUUGGCCUCUGGUUCGGUGAGACGUGGGGUUAUACCAUUAUCCUCAGUGUUAUAUAUGGCGCAACCGUGGGAUGGGUCGCCAAAGAACUCCUUCAUUGGGCAGAAGAGAAGAAGUUCGUUGAUCGUGAAAGCUUCCUCGUUUUUGCGAUUGCUCUGUCUCUCUUCAUCGUUGGGACAUGCGGCAUGAUCGGAAGUGAUGAUGUCCUAGCCUGCUUCAUCGCUGGAAACGUUUUCACCUGGGAUGAUUGGUUUCGACUUGAGACGUUGGAUGAUUCCCUGCAGCCUACUAUUGAUAUGUUGCUUAAUCUGUCGAUAUUUAUAUGGUUUGGCGCCAUCUGCCCUUGGAAUAUGUUCCUCCACAAUUCGGUCAUACCUAUAUACCGGCUCAUCUUUCUCGGGGUUCUGAUCCUUCUUUUUAGACGUCUUCCCGUGGUCUUUGCGUUCCACAGAAUGAUACCCCAGAUUGAAGAGUUCCGUCAAGCUAUCUUCGUUGGGUUCUUUGGUCCCAUCGGUGUAUCCGCAAUAUUCUAUCUUUACAUCAGUCUCGAGUUCCUUGAAACCCUCAAGGUGGACGGUCAUGAGCGAGAAGAUGCAAAGAAACUAGGAGAGACGAUGAUGGUUGUCAUUUGGUUCUUAGCUAUAAGCAGCAUUGUUGUACACGGCCUCUCAAUCCCCCUAGGAAAGUUCGGAUUCUUCCUCCCAAGAACCCUAUCUCGAGCCUUCACAUCCCAAGCCAAUUCCAUUGACCACGGUUUUUCAGUCGACACUCGCCCCCAGUCUCAGAACACUGAUGGCGUUCUCCGGGAGCGACAGACUCGAAGAAGCAACCACUCGGGUCCAUCAACGAUCAAUAACUCGAUGCCCGGGUCUAGUAGCCAUUUAUAUAGGAUUGGCGGAGCCAUCAUUCACGACUCUAACACGAACCACCCGGAAAGUACUACGCCGCUUGAGGGGAUCGAACCCCAAAAUGCUGCGAGCGAACGUGUGAUACGGUUCCCUGACGAGGCGACGAUGUCCAACCGGAUAGAUAAGGAUGCUUGA